CAUGUUUCUCUCUCUCUUUCUAGUGCCAGCCAGCCAGCCAGUCAGACCGGCCGACUGGCUUUCAGCAUUUGUUUUCAACGUGUCUCUUAAUUUCGAAGUCUUUGACACAACCAGAGGACAGCUGUCAGUGGUCGGUAUGGGAACCUAAUCGGUCAAGGAUCACAUACAUAUAUAUAUGUAUAUAUAUAUAUAUAUGUAUACAUAUAUAUAUACAUAUUAUAUGCCUUUAAAUACAAAACACUGCCUUAAAACCCUCUUAACAUCAACACCAUCACACAAAAAAAGAUAGCACACACACAUAUACUCACAUACAUACAUACAAACACAUUCACAUCAUCAUCAUCAACAUUAUAUAUAUAUAUAUAUAAUCUUGUCAUUAUUUUCCGUUGUUGAUUAUUAUUUACCUACUUAUUUAUUAAUUUUUGGGGUGUAUGAUUCUCCCAAAUGUGGAAUGAAACCGUCUUUUUCGAGGCUAUGAAAAUCGUCGGAUUAUGUGUUAUGUGGUAUUCAUCAAGCGCCAGCGGUAAUAUCGUAGGCAAGAUGUUGCUCACGGACUUUCCUUAUCCCAUGACAGUAACCAUGGUCCAAUUGAUCUCGAUAUCUGUCUACCUGACGCCGCUGUUACGCCUGAAAUCGGUUUCGACCUCUUCUGGACAUGUGGCCAGCAUACCGCGAAACUAUUACAUGAAAAUGAUUAUACCAUUAGCGAUGGGAAAGUUCCUGGCUUCUGUUUCUUCACACGUUAGUAUAUGGAAAGUUUCCGUGUCGUACGCACAUACAGUAAAGGCUACGUUACCCUUAUUUACUGUGAUUCUAUCUCGUAUUCUGCUGGGGGUGAAGCAAACCAUGUAUAUCUAUGUGUCGUUGUUACCCAUUAUCGGAGGAGUAGUCAUCGCCACGGUAACGGAACUCUCUUUCGAUAUUAUUGGCCUUUUCAGUGCCCUCUUCUCCACCAUGGGGUUUUCUCUCAUGACAAUCUUCUCCAAGAAGUGUUUAAAAGAUACAGGUAUGCAUCACAUGAGAUUACUAGUGAUGCUAGCUCGCUGGUCUGCCCUGUGUUUCUUCCCCAUCUGGUUUACGUACGAUGUCAGGAGAAUACUCAUUAAUCUAGAUACUGUAAGAGCG